AUGCCUGAGGCGGUGGCUGCAGUGAAGUGUGGUGCGGUCCGUGAGGUGUCGAAGCAGUCGCUGACUAAAGUCACCAAGAAGCCGCCCAAGAAGCGAAGGAAAUCUCGCAAGCAGAACUAUUCCACUUACGUGUACAGGGUGCUGACCCAGGUCCAUCCUUCCACCAAGAUCUCGUCCAAGGCCAUGAGUGUUAUGAACUCCUUUGUUGUUGACGUUUUCGAGUGCAUCGCCUCCAAGACCUCACACCUCAUUCACUACAAAAAGCACCUCACCAUCUCAGCCAGAGAGAUCCAGAGCACAGUCCGCCUCAUUCUGCCAGAGUAA